AUGAAGUUCUCUCUGUCUCUCGCCGUCUCGGCGCUCUUCGCCGCUGUCAACGCUGAUGCCGUCCCCUGGGAGAGGCUCAACAAGAACGACUCGAUGCUCCUCGUCGUCGACAUGCAGGAGGGCCUCUACACCCUCGCCCGCGACUUCGAUGCCACGCUCUACCGCAACUCCAUGCUCGCCCACUCUUCCAUGGCCAAGGUCUUUAACCUCCCCGUCGUCAUGACCACCUCUGCCGAGACCGGCCCCAACGGCCCCCUCCCCCAGGAGAUCCUGGACAUGCACCCGACCGCGCCCCUGAUCAAGCGCAACGGCGAGGUCGAUGCCUGGGACAACUCGGACUUCCGCGACGCCGUCCGCGCCGCCAACAAGUCGCAGAUCAUCCUCGCCGGCAUCACCACCGAUGUCUGCACCACCUUCCUCGCCCUCUCCCUCCGCGCCGAGGGCUACUCCGUCUGGGCCAACGUCGAGGCCUCCGGCACCACCACCGAGCUCAUCCGCGACGUCUCCAACGACCGCAUGGCCGCCGCCGGCGUCCAGAUCGUCUCCCUCUUCUCCAUCGCCAUGGACCUCAUGCGCGACUGGCGCAACACCCCCGGCGCCCUCGAGCUCUACUCCUGGCUCGACCAGUACUACCCCGUCUACGGCUACCUCGCCCGCGGCCACCGCGCCGCCGUCGCCAACGGCAGCAUCAGCGACGCCGAGGCGACGCUGCCCUUGUAA